AAAAAAAAAAAAAAAGGCAAUUGCGCCCCUCAACGUACCUCGGAAUCCCAGGCCGGUCUAGGAAAUCGUGCCGGUUAGGGUGGUGCAAUCAGCUCGAUCCUUGCCUCAAACGCAAACCGUUCACUGGAUCGUUGUUGUUUGAUACGAAUCAAGAAUCAGAUUCGUUUUAGGGUUUAGCGUUCACUCUCUUGUGGAUUAAAAACUGUUGAUGCUAUUGAUUGAAGAUAGACAACUGAUGAUGGGAAUGAGCAAAACAGAGAUCAAUCUGCGGAGAUUGCUUUCCGCUGCACCGAACCAGCAAAAUCAGUCGAAGCUUAUGCAUUAUGUAGCUACUCUGAGGGAGCAAUUGGAACAACUCUCUGAAGAGAAGACCCCUGAUGGUCUUCCCAGAGUUACAAAGGCAAAGGUGAAUGAGUACUACGAGAAGAUUGAAGCUGUUGCUUCUAAGAUAGCUGCUCAUGUGCCUGACACAGAGGUAUCUGAUGAAACUUAUCCAAAGGAUUCUUCUACCAGCGGAAGCGGAAGCUCUCCUAAAAUAGAAGACGAGCCUCGAAGCCCCACUUCUCCACAGCUGAGAAGAAGAAUUGUGUCUACAAGCUCCAAGGAGCAAAAUGUUGAUGCUGGUCCGUCAAAGGCAGUAAAACUAGACACUGCAGCUAAAGAACACAUUGAUAAGCACAGAAAGCUUCAGGAGGAUCUCACUGAUGAAAUGGUGGGACUUGCGAGACAACUCAAGGAGCGUAGUCUGAUGAUAAGCCAAUCUGUGGAAAAUACUGAUAAGAUACUUGACUCUACGGAGGAGGCUAUUGAGCAGAGCUUAGCGAGUACUGGACACGCAAAUGUAAGGGCGUCAAAGAUAUAUUCAGAGAGUUCAAAAACGAGUUGCUUCCAGUGGCUCUUGAUCUUGGCCAUGAUCUGUGUCUUCAUUAUGGUUGUCUUGUUGAUCCGUGUUACAUAGGACAUAUGCUUCCGAGUGUAAACCAAGAUUUCACAUAACAUUUUGAGUCUCUUUAUUUUAAUAUAUAAGUCUUUUAAGUUAAAA